AAGUAGAACACAAUUUUUCACGAGGAUGGACGACAAUGCGCGCACGCUUUAUUGUGGAAAUCUAAGCGAUAAAGUAACCGAGGAUGUUCUCUACGAAUUAUUUUUGCAAGGAGGUCCUGUACAAAAAAUAAGUAUUCCUAAGGACCGUGAUGGGAGACAAAGACCAUUCGGAUUCGUCACGUACAAACACAGAAAUUCUGUGGAUUAUGCUUUGCGUCUAUUUGAUGGUACCAGAUUGUACGAUCGUCCCAUUAAUAUGCAACCAAGGAACCAUACAGAAUCGCAUCCAGCAGAACCACCUCCGAAUCCAGUUCAAAAUUUGAAUUAUAUGUUGGAACUGGGUCAGCAAAUGAUUUUAGGAAAUUAUCCACCUCAAAUCAGCGAUAUUGCAUUUGACCCAAAUAUUUCACAAGAUGCUUCAGGAUGUCAGAGGCAAGUGGAUGCAAACUCUGGUAAUGAUGAUAGGAAUAAGAGAAACCAUCCUUAUCAGAGAAACAGAGAUAGAAAUCUAGAUAGAGACAGAAAUCGAGACAGAGAUAGAGGAGAUAGGGAAAUAGAGAGAGAUGGGAAAAGAAAUAGAGAACGAAAUCAUGGCGAUUAUUACAGAGACGAAAGAUCAUACUAUAAUCGUGAUAAUAAUUAUCGUUCCAAUGGCUACUCACGAUAUAAUGAUCAUAGAAAAAGAUGGACUUAUCAUUAAUACCAAUUAUAUUCUGAUUACAUAUGUCGCUGAUAAGAUUUUCAUUUAAUCCUUAAAUUUGCUUUGUUUAACAUUUAUUCUAUUUUUUGUUU